GAUAUAUAACUGCAACCGCUUCACGCGGAAGACGGAGUUCCAACUCUGAGAUUUUUGAUCCAUUCAAUCCUUGAAAUCGCUAAUCUCACCGAUUUACCAUUUUUGGCAGUGAAGUUUGCGGCCGUUGGCUUUUUGAAGCUGAAUUCAAUCCGCACCUCGACAAAAUUUCUGUCAGCUUUAUAGGAUUUUCGGUCUCUGGUUUGCCAAGAUGCUGUGGGGGACCGAAGAAUCCUCGAGUUACGGUCAGGCGGAUAUGACGGACGCCGACUCCGACUCGUCGCCGUCGUCGUCACCGUCGCGAGAUAUGGCUUUAUCGCCGGAGAAUCCGUUGUUUAACAAAUACGAGAUCGGAAAGCUGCUUGGAUGCGGUGCGUUUGCCAAGGUAUAUCACGGUAGAGAUGUUUCCACAGGGCAGAGCGUUGCGGUUAAAGUAAUACAUAAGAGCAGGCUGAAAAAUAAAGUGAAUCUGAUGAACAAUAUUGUUCGUGAGAUUUCGAUUAUGAGUCGGUUGAGCCACCGGCACGUUGUGAAGAUUUUUGAGGUGUUGGCGACGAAAAGGAAGAUCUAUAUUGUGAUGGAGUAUCUCAAGGGCGGAGAGUUGUUUUCCAGAGUCUCAAAAGGUCGAUUCAGUGAGGAUCUCGGCCGAGAAUACUUCCACCAGUUGAUUUCCGCCGUGAGCUUCUGCCACCGCCGCGGCGUCUACCACCGGGACCUGAAGCUUGAGAACAUGUUACUCGACGAGAACGGCGUCCUGAAGGUCUCCGACUUCGGACUCAGCGCGCUGAAGGAUCAAGUCCGCGCCGACGGACUCCUGCACACGCUCUGCGGUACGCCGGCGUACGUCGCGCCGGAGAUCCUCGCCAAAAAAGGCUACGACGGCGCGAAGGUCGACGUGUGGAUGUGCGGCGUCAUUCUGUUCGUCCUCACCGCAGGUUAUUUACCUUUCAACGACCACAAUCUGAUGAACAUGUACAGGAAAAUUUACAAAGGCGAAUUCCGGUGCCCGAAGUGGAUGUCGCCGGACCUACGGCGGUUCAUCGCGCGUCUCCUCGACACGAAUCCGGCGAGGAGAAUCACCAUAGAUGAAAUCAAAGAAGAUCCAUGGUUCAAAAUCGGUUUCAGCGACACCGCAUCGGAGUACCUCCCCGCCGAGUCGCAAGACGACGAGAAGAAAUCCUUCGAAUCGCAGGAUCUAAACGCAUUCGACAUAAUCUCCUUCUCUCACGGCCUGAACCUCUCCGCAAUGUUCGACGAGACUCACAGCGCAACGGAGGACGUCGACCGCCUCACGGCGGAGGAUUCGCCGGAGGGAGUUAUCAGGAAGGUGGAGGCGGCGGCGAGUGCAAACGACGCCGACUUGUGGGUGAGGAGAACCAAGGGGUACGGCGUGGAGCUGGAGGGGCAAAAUAGUAAUUUCGUGGCAUCUUUAGAGGUUUUUCUGUUAACUGACCGGUUGGUGGUCGUGGAGGUGAAACGUAUAUCGGGGGACGCCGAGGCGUUCUCCGACCUGUGGAGGGACAAAAUUAGACCGGUACUUCAAGUUUCCGGUAAUCAUUAGGAUUCUGAUGGUCCCCGGCCAAUUGUUUAGCUGGGGGCAUUUAUGUCUUUUCGCUGAUCAUAUAUUAAUAAUAAAAGUGGGGCUAAACAUGCAAUUGUAUAAUGUAGUGCUACUACGAAGAAAAUGUGUCUGCUCGAAAAAGCACACUGCUAUAUUAUAUUGAGAGCCAGACAGAGGAUAUGAAUCCUCCUUUGGAGGAUAUAUAUAUAUAUAUAUAUAUAAUAUAAUGUGAAUUUCAUGCACGCACACACAAGGAUAAUACUAGUAAUAUUUUUAUGCCAUGUUACUGAAAAGUU